AAAAAGAAAAAGAAAAUAAAUAUAUUAUCAAGAAAUCAAGACAGAGGGAGCGAGAUUAGUGAUCCACUGAUUUUUCCUUUGAAUUCACUCCAACGAACGAACGAAUUCAAUUAAAUUUUCCUCCUUUCCUUCAAUCGGACAUCAUAUUCGUUUCCAGACGUACAACAAAGCUACGCGCAAACAACUCGGAUCUGAACUCCUCUUCUCAAAACACCCGUCUCUGUUGCCGGAUACAACACAACAAUUCGAGGCCUUGGAUUGCGUAUUAAUGCUGUUGUGACAGGAAUGUGAUUCAUUUCCCAGUGGCGGAUAUCUCUAAUCCGAUGCGAAAAGUUGGAGCGAUUCUAUUGUGCGGGUGAAGAAUAGACAAUUGGCAUUCUAUUUAUGUGCUUAAACUAGAGUUUUGUGGUGUUGGGAUACAUAUUUUAAAGACUGUAUCUCUUAUCACCUCUAUCUAUGUUUGGAGGGCUUGGGUCUAACCUGAACAGUAGUCCUCAUUUACGCAAGUCUGGAAGCCGACCUGUUGUAUUUGAUAUUGGUGGUUCUGAGCUUGGAAAUAGUUCUGAAGAAGAUCUUUUAUCUUCUAUAGAGUCCGAUGAAAUGAAGGGCGGGGCCGCACAAUUAGGCAGUGCAGCAAUUAUGCCAUCUCCUGUUCUGUUAUGGAGAUUUAAGGUAUUGCUAUUUUUCUUCUGGGGAUUCAGUUGUUGCAAGAUUGGGUGGGAUUCAGUCAUGAGAAUGAGUGUAGACCUGCGAGAUUUAUUCUUAUACGAGGCUUUCUUGUAUUAUAAUCCACUGCUUCUUGUGACCAUGGCGGUUUGGCUUUGGGGAAUAAAUUUAUGGGUUUUCGCUCAGUCUAAUAUUGGUUAUGCUAAGAUUUUUGACCUAGAUCAGAGCCAUCUCACUCACUGGGACAUAUGGAAGUGUGCCACCUGGAUGACCAUCAUUGUCCCAACGAGCAUGACGGCCUAUCUUUAUCUUUAUUCUCAUGGGGAAGUAAUGUUGGCUGCAUCUCAACCAGUUCUUUUGUACGCUGCUGUUGCAAUGACCCUCAUAUUUCCUUUUGAUAUCUUCUAUCUGUCAACACGUUACUUUUUGUUGAGGACUGUCUGGCGAAUAGUGUUACCAUUACAGGCCAUAUCAUUUGCUGAUUUCUUUUUGGCUGAUAUAUUUACGUCUAUGUCAAAGGUUUUCUCAGAUUUGGAGCGUUCAGUUUGUCGAAUGGUCCAUCGCCAGGUUGCCACCAUUGCAUGGUUUGAGGCAGAUUCUAUUUGUGGAAGUCAUGCUGUUGCAAUACCUAUAGUUUUAGUCCUGCCAUAUUUUUUUCGCCUUUUCCAAUGCCUUAGGCAAUACAAGGAUACAAAAGAAAAGACAUCACUUUUUAAUGCAUUAAAGUAUUCGACAGCAGUGCCAGUUAUUUUUCUAUCAGCCCUCAAGUAUCACGUUUUUCCUGACAAUUGGGUUAAAGUAUACCGCCCAUUGUGGCUCUUUUCCAGUGUAGUGAACUCCAUGUACUCUUUCUACUGGGAUCUUACGCGUGAUUGGGACUUGAGUGGCUUCACUCGAAUUUUCAAGUUCACCAAACCGCAUAUAAUAUCAAACUUGCUGUAUGGGCGAAAAUGGGUAUAUAUUUGGGUUAUUGGAAGCAAUCUUAUUCUACGAUGCACAUGGACAUACAAGCUUUCAGCUCAUCUUCGCCACAAUUACCUCACCGUAUUCACCAUCACCGCGCUGGAAAUCCUGCGUCGCUUCCAGUGGGUUUUCUUUCGAGUAGAGAAAGAAUGGAUCAAAAUGAACGCAAAAUCCGAUAUCCAGCUAUCGAUGAUGGAUGUUCCCAGGGAGGAAGAGAAAUUGCUUAAUUCCAAUGGCCAUAAUGUAUAGACAGACUCAUGAAAAGAUUCUGCGCACAAAUUUUCUUAGGCUAUGAUCUACAUUAUUUCAUUGGUUCAAAUGUUGCACAAUUAUACCAUUUCUGCCUUGGCUUUGAUAGCAAGAUAUAAAUUAUAGUUAUACAUGAUGAAUCUACAUCUCUUUUUGACC